AUGAGACUUUUGAUUUCAGUUGCGGUGUUUCUGGGGGUCGUCUCAGCCAGUCCUGGACUCGGUGAGAGAGCGGCCUGCAAUUCCGAUAAUUGUUUGCGCGCUAUGCUCGCCCGUCCUACUCCAGCGAGCGAGUUUUGUACAACAUACACAGUUGCAAUAACAUCAGUUGCACUUCCAACUUGGGCUUCUGCAUGCUCAAAUCUUCCAUCGAGAAUAUCAAGUGCAUGUACAUGCAUCAACACAGCAGCACCUACUCCAGGUCCUUAUGCACGAGUCACACCGCCAUCAGGAGCAAUCAUUGUCGACAAUAGUAAGCCGUACUCCUACGGCUCCUACCCAUCAUUUCAGGCUGCAGUACUUGCACUAUCCUUCACCACUACAACCCCACAAACAAUCUUCAUCUAUCCAGGCACAUACACCGAACAAGUUUACAUCCCACUGCUUAAAUCAAACCUCACGAUCCAAGGCUGGACAACUGAUGCUCGAAGCUACCACGCUAACACCGCCACAAUAACCUUCAAUCUCUCACGCCUCAAUGCAACAAACAACGACCUCACAGCCACUGUACGUAAUUGGAACCCAAAUACAAAAUUCUACAACCUGAACAUCAAAAACACCUUCGGGCACGUAAAUACCAAUGGACAGAAUCUCGCACUCUCAGCUCAAGUGACAAAUCAAGGCUAUUAUGGCGUUCAACUUUGGGGUUAUCAGGACACCGUUCUCGCAAAUCGCGGGAACCAACUAUACGCCAAGUCCCUCAUCGUAGGCGCCAUCGAUUUCAUCUUCGGCCAAUACUCCACAGCUUGGUUCGAACAAGUUGAUAUCCGCACGAUAGCCGAAGGUUGGGUAACAGCCUCUGGAAGACUCGACGCUGCUACCAACGCUUGGUUCGUCAUUAACAACUCCACAGUUGCGGGCAUUGAUAGCAGUAUCCCUGCCGGAAGUAACGCUCUUGGUAGACCUUGGAAGGCUUUCGCGAGAGUUGUUUUUCAAUAUACGUAUUUGACAGAUGUGAUUGCUAAGGAGGGCUGGAAACCUUGGUCUACGGUUCCUGGGAGUGAGAAUACUGUCAAUUCUACAUUGGCGGAAUAUAACAAUACCGGACCUGGGAGUGUAAGUGGCGGGUCGGGUCCGAGGGCAGCAUUUGGAUUGCAGCUGGAUGCGCCUAUUACCCCAGAAACGGUAUUGGGCGACAAUUGGAAAGGCGAGUGGUAUGUCGAUGCAGAUUAUCUGUGA